AAAUAGUGGAUGUGUUAGAUGAUGAAACUAAUUGUACUAUAGAAGUGACUGGUUGUGACCCAGGCACUAAUCCAGAAACAAUAGAGCUGUAUUUUGAUAACAAACGUCGAUCAGGUGGUGGCGAUGUCAGCGAAUGUCGACAGGAAGGUGACAAGUUCUUUGUGACUUUUGAAAAUGAGGAUGCUGUGGGACGUGUAUUGGAACAACCCAUCCAUGUUGUCAAGAACACGACGCUAUUGGUGAAACGAGCAGCAAAGACUGACAUAAAAACUGUUGAAAACGUUGAAGAAAUAGUGGAUGUAUUAGAUGAUGAAACUAAUUGUACUAUAGAAGUGACUGGUUGUGACCCAGGCACUAGUCCAGAAACAAUAGAGCUGUAUUUUGAUAACAAACGUCGAUCUGGUGGUGGCGAUGUCAGCGAAUGUCGACAGGAAGGUGACAAGUUCUUUGUGACUUUUGAAAAUGAGGAUGCUGUGGGGCGUGUAUUGGAACAACCCACCCAUGUUGUCAAGAACACAACGCUAUUGGUGAAACGAGCAGCAAAGACUGACAUAAACACUGUUGAAAACGUUGAAGAAAUAGUGGAUGUAUUAGAUGAUGAAACUAAUUGUACUAUAGAAGUGACUGGUUGUGACCCAGGCACUAUUCCAGAAACAAUAGAGCUGUAUUUUGAUAACAAACGUCGAUCUGGUGGUGGCGAUGUCAGCGAAUGUCGACAGGAAGGUGACAAGUUCUUUGUGACUUUUGAAAAUGAGGAUGCUGUGAGACGUGUAUUGGAACAACCCACCCAUGUUGUCAAGAACACAACGCUAUUGGUAAAACGAGCAGCAAAGACUGACAUAAACACUGUUGAAAACGUUGAAG